AAAUUCGAAAAUUGGAUUCGCAGUUGGACCAUCUGAAUCAGUACAUGGACAAGGUGGAGGAGAGGAUAAAAGCGCACAAUGAAAAGUUGAUGAUCACGCUCAGACAGCAGAAAGAAGAACGCGAGAAAAAGCGUCGUUCUUUUCACGAGGAAAAUCCCAAGGUAUUUUCCCAUUUGCUUUGGAAGUUCGUACUUGCGUCUACCUGCAAUUCUGAAAAGCACAAUCCAAAUGUGACGUACCUCGUCAAAGCAAAGCUUUUCUGUCCUGAAUUUGGUUAAUU